AUGCGACACAAACGAUUUUCUAUUCCGAAACACAAACUCCACACGUUUUUCUCUAAACAGAAAAGCGGAUUUCGCGUAUCUACAAAAAAAAUCGAGUCCAAAAUUAGAGAACCAGUCUCUCAAUUUUCUUACCAACAACCGUAUGUUCAACCUAAGAACUCGGUCAGGUUUUAUCAAACACAUAUACAGUCUGACAUAGAGGUUCAAAACAUGUUCCUUAACCAUGAGUAUCAUGGUUAUGACUAUCCGGAGUUGUACAUAGUGUUGGAGCAAAUUGUUCCGUCGCAAAAUAUGCAGUCACAGGUUAUUGAUCCCGUUGUUGAUGAUGAACAACAACCCGAAGAUGUCGUCGAUGAAGAAACUGAAGUAGAAGAUGUGGUUGAUGAGUUGGUGAACCGUGAUUCCGAAGAUGAAGAACAAGUUCGAGUACCCGAUGCGCAUGCAUAUUCACCUCCUGCGCACUUCACAACACUUAAGUUGGGGGAGGAUGAGCCAUCGUCUGACAUGUUCUAUAACCCAUAUAUGAGGUCAGACGAGGAGUUAAAAGAGGGUGACACAUUCCGUUCAAAGGAAGAUUGUAUGCUAGCUAUAAAAAACUGGCACUUAGCAAACUGUGUUGAUUUCAAAGCUGAUCGCUCAAAUCCAGAAAGAUUCACUAUUUUGUGCAGAAACCCAGAGUGUGGAUACAUGCUUAAGGCAUCAUUUAGGAAGAAAGUUAAUGCUUGGGUGAAGACGAUUAUUUCCCAUUGCGUUUCUGUGUUCAAAUAUAGACCGUCGUACAGAAAGACUUGGUUAGCGAAGCAGAAGGCAAUUGAAAUAGUCUACGGCAACUGGGAGGAAUCCUACCAAAAACUUCCUCGCUACUUGGAUGCACUUCUAUUAUAUUCACCUGGGACGGUUACUAUAUUGGAGAUACUGCAAGCACAAUCCCAAGACGGUACCCCUCUUGAAGAACCAUUUGGUAAACGCAGGGUAUGCCUUAAACCAACCUGA